AUGUCGAUACUUGCAAUGGUUGAAUGGUAGUCAAACUUGCGUCGUCUUCACCACGGCCAAUGGAGAACUAGCAUAAUGAACAGCGGUUGAGACCAGCAGAACUUGACUUCUCUCGCCACAGCAGAAGGUUAUGUUGCUUUCUAUGCUCCAAGAAGGGGCGGCCUGUAGGCGCUCAUUUGCAAAAAUCUCACCAGCUAUUAGACGGCCAAUAUGACGCAACUGAUGCUCCAAUGAUUCACUGACUUGCAUUUCCAGGGUGUAGGGACGCCAUAAUUUUUUUUCUUCUUCCUGCGCCCCCUUGACAAACAUGUUCCUUGCGCCAGGAGCUCCCUGUAAGUGGUUUAAGCCGUAUAAUUUGAACAAUGUGCUACUGCCGUAUGUAUGUAUAUAUGUACUUUGUACCACAGAGAAGGGUGGAAAGGGAAAAAAAAAAAGAUCUGCGCGCAAAACGACUAAAAUCGCACACGUGCCGAACAUUAAACGAACACCCUGCUGCGAACCACCUAUCAAUACAAACAAUGGCGUCAGAGGCUCUCCAUUGCGAGGCUGAAGAGAGCUCUGCCUCUUCAGCUCCCGCGGAGAUGUCUGGCAUCGAGGCUGCUGCGAGCUCUAUAGACGAGAACCCCAUCUCCGCCAGCCAGCAAGCGCAUGUGUCAGACGCGGGUGCAGACGCAACCCAGCAGAAUGCCAGCGACAAUGGCGAUGGUGCGGCGUCGCAAGCGCCCUCGAUGCGGAUGCCAAAUGCCAACCUUUGCGGUGUUUGCGAGAUCAACCCUGGCAAAUACAAGUGUUCGCGAUGCCGUCUUCCAUACUGUUCCGUCCCCUGCAGCAAAGCCCAUCAGCAAAACCACCCUCCCGAUCCUCCAAAGGAAGAACCCAAGCCAGCAAGCCAAACACUGAAUGCGCCUCCCCCAGCAGCGGCGCCUCUUCCUCCUUUGUCAGAGCACAUCGACCCCUCCAAUCCCUUCAGCGCCCUCGCCACCUCGGACAAGCUUCAGCUUCUCUUCAAGAAAUACCCAAACUUACCGAACCAGCUCCUCGAAAUCCACGAUGCGACCCAGCCCCCGCCCGAAUCCCCAGAUGCCGUCUCCAAAGCCAUACCUGCUUCCCUCAUGAAGGGCCUGCCCGCGAGUAACAAUAGCGGCAGGGGUCAGUGGAACCACGACAUUGGCAUCAAGAAUGGCAAAGCUGCUCUGCGAAAGGCAAGGAAGGCUAGCGGCGAGGACGGCGAGGCGAUCCGCGAGUAUACAGAGCUGAUACUGCACAUUAUGAAUGAGACAAACGAUAGGAACGAUGCCGCGGCCUAUGUGCAGCGCCAGAUUGCCGAGCAAGACACCGCUCUCAUCGAGCGUCUACUGGCAGAGGAUCGACGAAAUCAAUAAGACAUACAUCGAAGACAUGAGCGAGCGAAUCGCUAAAAUAAGUUAUAUUUAUAGAAAGUAUAGGCUUGAGGGAGGCCUAUGCGACUAUUUUGGGGGUAUAAUGAUCUUGGUCGAGAAGAACAGAACUUCUCCUAUAAAACACAUCGACUCGCUUUCUUUUACCACAUCCCAAUCAUAUACAACAGCCAUCUCUCC